AUGGAGAAUGACGGGCCGCAGGACAACACGCCGCCACCGCCAGCGGUGGCUUCAGACACAGGGAGCAGAUUGAGCGACACUCAGGACCGGCCGACGCCGCUCGCAACGGAGCCACCGCCUCAACACCAAAGCGACCACGCAGGAGUAUCCUCCACGCCUACGGAUGCGCAGUCCCAAACUGUGAUGAGCCCCGGGCCCUACUCUUCCUGGAGUACCGGGUCGGACUUCCAGUUGGGACAGCAGUCUGCACCGUCCGACAUAUCUGACCGCGUGUUUCCGAUUCGAUCCGUGGUCAGUGUCGGCCCAGCCCAGAGGAGGGGCUCACAAACUGGCGAAGACUACUUCCCAGCCCUUUCCGAUACAGACAGUCGAGGAAUCGCUACGCACCGUAUGAGCUUGCCCCGCGCCGCCCCGUCUACUGAGCUCAGGAGAUCCGGGACCCUGCCCCCGACAGCGUCGCCUUUCGAUCGCGCCGCCCAACUGCGAAGGAAGAGAGCAAUGAGCGGCCCAUUCUCGAGCAUACAAGCAGAUGCUGCGCGACAGGGUACCAUUGCGCCGUUGAACCUGGAUGUCUCUGCUUCCGACAGGGAAUCAGAGGACUCCGCACCCUUAGGACCCAAAGACGCCUCUGCGGACGCGCCGCGGCAAAGCAGUGCUUCCUUCGUCUCCGGCCACCAGUCAUUGUCGGAAGUGGCGCAUAUGACUACGCGCUUUACACACGUUGAGACAGAAGACGGCCACGCCGUAAUCACCGGCCGUGACGGCGUCUUGCAGCAGUGCGAGGACGAACCCAUCCAUACACCCGGUGCUGUACAAGGCUUUGGCGUCUUAUUGGCUUUCCGAGAGGAGCAAGAUGGGAGCUUUUCCGUACGAUAUGUCAGCGAAAACUCGGAGAAGAUGCUCGGAUAUAGCCCAAGGCAGCUCUUCAGGCUGAAGAGCUUCAUGGACAUUCUCACCGAAGAGCAGCAAGACAAUCUCCUUGACCAUAUCGACUUCAUUCGCGACGAGGACGCUGACCCGGCGGUCAAUGGGCCCGAAGUCUUGAGCCUCUCAAUCCGCCCGCCCAAGAGCAGGAAAAGUAUCAAGCUCUGGUGCGCCAUCCACAUCAACCCCGCCCACCCUGAGCUCAUCAUCUGCGAAUUCGAACUCGACGACGACCACAUGUACCCACUUCGACCCGUUGACGAGAUGGCACCCGAUGCGCCACAUGAUACACUGCAGUCGAACCCGACUUUGGAAGAAAUUGAAGAGAGCACAGAGAUCCUGAGCAAACCACUGCGCAUCCUUCGCAGUGCUAGAAAAAGGAGAGGCGAACAAGGCGCGAUGCAGGUGUUCGACAUCAUGUCGCAAGUGCAGGAGCAGCUUGCGUCAGCGCCGAAUCUCGAUACCUUUCUCAAAAUCCUCGUGGGAAUCGUCAAGGAGCUUACAGGUUUCCAUCGCGUCAUGAUUUACCAAUUUGACGCUUCCUUCAACGGCAAGGUUGUCACCGAACUCGUCGACACGUCGCAAACAAUAGAUCUCUACAAGGGACUUCAUUUUCCAGCAUCCGAUAUCCCACGCCAGGCUCGUGAGCUCUACAAGAUAAACAAGGUGCGCUUGCUUUACGAUCGGGAUCUCGAGACUGCAAGGAUCGUGUGCCGCACACAAGAGGACCUGGAGACACCCUUGGACAUGACCCACGCGUAUCUGAGGGCGAUGUCGCCGAUCCACAUCAAAUACCUGGCGAACAUGGCCGUGCGGUCGUCCAUGUCGAUCUCUGUCAAUGCCUUCAAUGAGCUCUGGGGCUUGAUAGCUUGUCAUUCGUACGGGCCGCACGGUAUGCGUGUGUCGUUUCCCAUCAGGAAGAUGUGUCGACUGGUGGGCGACACAGCCUCUCGCAACAUAGAACGCCUCUCAUACGCUUCGAGACUACAGGCGCGCAAGCUGAUUAACACUGCACCGACGGACAAGAACCCCUCUGGAUACAUAAUUGCCUCAUCUGACGACCUUCUGAAACUAUUUGACGCCGACUUUGGUUUGCUGUCGAUCAAGGGGGAAACCAAGAUCAUGGGCACGAUUGAGCAUAGCCAGGAGGCCUUGGCUAUGCUCGAAUACCUGCGGAUGCGCAAACUGACCUCGGUCCUCACGUCUCAGGACAUUCGAGAGGAUUUCCCUGACUUGCGGUAUCCACCAGGCUUCCAAGUCAUCGCAGGCUUGCUCUACGUCCCGCUGAGUGUUGGUGGCGUAGACUUCAUCGUCUUUUUCCGCAAAGGUCAAGUCAAAGAAGUCAAAUGGGCCGGCAAUCCGUACGAGAAGACUGUCAGGCAGGGGACAUCUGGCUACCUGGAACCGAGAACGAGCUUCAAGACGUGGCAUGAGACUGUCAUUGGCAAGUGCAGAGAUUGGAACGAGGAACAGGUCGAGACAGCUGCCGUUCUCUGUCUUGUCUAUGGCAAAUUUAUCGAGGUUUGGCGACAGAAGGAGGCGGCGAUGCAGAGCAGUAAGCUCACGCGGCUGCUUCUGGCAAACUCAGCCCACGAGGUUCGAACACCACUCAACGCGAUCAUCAACUACCUGGAGAUUGCCCUCGAAGGUUCUCUCGACAAAGAGACCCGCGAAAACCUUGCCCGGUCUCACUCCGCAUCGAAGUCUCUGAUAUACGUCAUCAAUGACCUGCUCGACCUCACCAAGACCGAGGAGGGACAAAACUUGAUCAAAGACGAGAUCUUCGAUCUGACUGUAUGUGUACAAGAGGCCACUGACCCUUUCUACAUCGACGCGAAGCGGAAAGGCAUUGAGUACAAGGUGACCUCCCAUCCUGGCUUGCCUCGAUUCGUCCACGGCGACGGACGGCGUAUUCGUCAGGUGAUUUCCAACAUUACGGCGAAUGCAAUAGCUCACACAGACAGCGGAUUUGUUCAUGUUGAUUUGUUUGUCUCCGACAUCAGAGACGGACAGGCUGUGAUCGACAUUGCGGUCGCUGACUCAGGAGCUGGCAUGAGCCCACAACAACUCGACGCCCUGUUCCGUGACUUGGAGCAGGUCAGCUAUGAAGAGAUUGAGCCUGGGAACACGGGGGACGAAACGAACAAACCUCAUGACACGCGAACACUCGGCCUCGGACUCGCUAUUGUCGCCCGAAUCGUGAGAAACAUGGAUGGCCAGCUGCGGUUGAAAUCUGAGGACGGACAGGGAUCGCGUUUUGUCGUUCAGCUGCCUUUUCUCUUACCAGACGAAUCACCUGCGUCUUCCGGCGACCCGAACCAAGCCCCUUCCCAAACCAGCCAAAUCUCCAACACCGUGGCCAAGGCUCCGGAUUCAUUGAAGGCUCCGCCUGCCGGGGAGAUCACACUCAUCGACCGCGGUAGUAGUGCUCUCGCCCCAAUGGAGGGAGAGAAAGCAGGCGGCGACGAGGGAAGUGCUCGAAGCCGUCGCAGCGUCGGGAGUUAUGGCAGCCAUGGAAGUCACCAAAGCGACGCUGAUAGGCUCAUACAUGCCAUCCAAACCCCUUUGUCAUUGAACGACGAGCCAUCCGGAUAUUUCGCUGUUCGACGGGACUCGCUAGGCAGCUCCGGCCAUGCCGCGUCAAAGUCAAGCAUUGGCCCGACUCUUUCGGCAAGCCCACAGUCACGCAAGGCUGCCGUCUCGUCGCCUACUCAGGCCCGAGAUGAAGCCGGCACGGCCGAAGUCCGCGAUACGAAAACCAGAAUCCGGGCUGUGAAAGUUCCCGAAGAGUACAAAGACUUGCCAUCCCAUCCACAGGUCGGCGAACACUCGCGGGUACUGUUCGAGAUCUCCAGUGACAGUGGUCACACCUCGGUACCAAGCAAAGGAACGACAAGAUCAGGUUCCGUUGACGGCACCGCUUUGCGCACCUUGGUAGCGGAAGAUGACCCCAUCAACUUGAAGGUACUGCGGAAGAGGCUCGAGAAGGCUGGUCAUGAGGUGCAACACGCCGUUAAUGGCGAGGACUGCGCCACCGUGUACAAAGAGAGUCCCGAUUCGUUUGAUGUCAUCCUCAUGGACAUGCAGAUGCCCAUCGUCGACGGCCUCACGAGCACCAAGAUGAUUCGCGACACAGAAAAGUCGGAUGAGCACAAGGGACACUCUCACCUGGCAGGCAUCAAUGGGCGAAUCCCCAUCUUUGCCGUGUCGGCCUCUUUGAUAGAGAGCCAGAAGCAAACCUACGUCGACGCUGGGUUUGACGGGUGGAUAUUGAAGCCGAUCGAUUUCAAGCGACUCAACACUUUACUGGCCGGCAUACGCGACACGCAAACGCGAAACUCUAGCUUGUAA